AGACCAAGUUGCACUCAUAUGUUAUAAAUCUUCUUUAUAUUUACUUUCACAACCUGUUGCUUCAAAAAAAGAAAAAGUACACUUCAUCCAUGGAUCAUUUCCUCUUUUCCAUAUUUCUAACUUUUCCAUUUUUCCUUCUUGCUCUAAUCUUUUACAAAUCCAAACUCCAAAACAACAAAACCAAUCUCCCUCCUGGUAGUUUCGGAUGGCCAAUCAUCGGGGAAACCUUUGCCUUCAUAAACCAAGACCAUGAAAAAUUCAUUGGUGAUAGAAUGAAAAAAUACUCCUCAAAGAUCUUCAAAACCAACGUAUUAGGCGAGCCAACAGUGGUUUUAUGUGGUCUUGAGGGUCACAAAUUUGUAGCUUCCAACGAGCUCAAGCUUUUCAACGUAUGGCGACCCCGAUCCAUGCAGAAACUCUUCCGAUCUUCGUACCAAAAAGGUUCCUCCGGUGCCAUACCAAGGCAGACGGAGAAGCAAAUCCAACGAGCAUCGGGUUUCCUUCAAGUCGAUGCUCUUGUUCACUAUGUCAAAACAAUGGAUACUUUAGUUCAAGAUCACAUAAAUUCCCACUGGGUUGGUAAAAAGCAAGUUGAUGCUUACCAUCUUUCACAGCUACUAGUAUUAACUUUAGCAGCAAGGUUCUUUUGGGGACUUGAAGACCAAGUUAGAGUUGAAAAGCUUUGCAAGUUGAUGGACAUCAUGAUGUUGGGUCUCCAUGUGUUUCCUUUGAAUAUACCGGGAACGAUUCUAAACCGUGCCAUGAAAGCAGCAGGGUCUGCUAGGAAAGAGAUUAUGGAGUUUAUAAAGGAGAAAAGAGAGGCUAUUUCCAGUGGAGUCAAAAUGAAUGAUAUUCUCCAUUUCAUGAUUGCUAAUCCGGAUGCAAGUAGUGGAAGAUUCAUGCCAGAUAAUGAAAUUGCUGAUAAAGUUAUGGGUUUGGCGUCUGGUGGAUUCAACUCACCUGCCAUGACAACUGCUUUCAUUGUCAAGUAUCUUGGGGAAAGACCUGAACUCUGUGACAGAGUCAGAACUGAACAGUUGGAGAUCGCAAGAUCCAAAAAAUCUGGUGAGGCACUUAAUUGGGAAGAUAUACAGAAAAUGAAAUAUUCAUGGAAUGUAGCACUUGAAGUAAUGAGGCUUAUGCCACCUCUUCAAGGGACCUUUAGAGAAGCUGCAACUGACAUCGUUUAUGAAGGGUAUACAAUUCCUAAAGGCUGGAAGGUUUACUGGACAGUUAGCACCACAAAUAAGGAUCCAGAAUGUUAUCCAGAACCAGAAGCGUUUGAUCCGACAAGGUAUGAGAAGCAAACUCCUCCACCUUACACAAAUAUCCCAUUUGGAAGUGGACCUAGAAUUUGUCCUGGAAAAGACUAUGCUCGAUUGCAAAUUCUCGUUUUCAUGCAUCACGUUGUGAAAAGAUUCAAAUGGGAAGUAACUGAUCCCAAUUGCAAGUUCAUGGGGGGCUUGAAUCCCCUUCCAAUUAAUGGCCUUCAUGUUCGCCUCCAAUCUUGCUCUGAAUAACUCUAUUCACAGUGCAAAUGUGCAACCCCUAGGUCAGAAUGGAAUAUGUAUAAUAAAUAAGGGCAUGUUCGUUUCUCUUGUUACCUCCACCCUCUCUAGUUUGGACUUAAUAUAUAUAUAUAUAUAUGCUGUCUAAUAGUUGAAUACAAUAAAUUUGCCAAGUUAAUAAUUAUUUUCUU